AUGUCCAGGCUCGAGUACGGCUCAUCCGGGGAUGCAGGCGCCGAUGGCAGUCGCGUCCUCUUCGGUGGAGACGAGUUGUUUGAUCAUGUGGCUAACAAGAGUCUCGACAUGGCGGUACAGCUGAGGGACGUGGACUUUAACUGUAGUUGUUGUAUUAUAUUUCAGAUCACUGUGGCUAACAAGAGUCUCGACAUGGCGGUACAGCUGAGGGACGUGGACUUUAACUGUAGUUGUUGUAUUAUAUUUCAGAUCACUGUGGCUAACAAGAGUCUCGACAUGGCGGUACAGCUGAGGGACGUGGACUUUAACUGUAGUUGUUGUAUUAUAUUUCAGAUCACUGUGGCUAACAAGAGUCUCGACAUGGCGGUACAGCUGAGGGACGUGGACUUUAACUGUAGUUGUUGUAUUAUAUUUCAGAUCACUGUGGCUAACAAGAGUCUCGACAUGGCGAUACAGCUGAGGGACGUGGACUUUAACUGUAGUUGUUGUAUUAUAUUUCAGAUCACUGUGGCUAACAAGAGUCUCGACAUGGCGGUACAGCUGAGGGACGUGGACUUUAACUGUAGUUGUUGUAUUAUAUUUCAGAUCACUGUGGCUAACAAGAGUCUCGACAUGGCGGUACAGCUGAGGGACAUGGACUUUAACUGUAGUUGUUGUAUUAUAUUUCAGAUCACUGUGGCUAACAAGAGUCUCGACAUGGCAGUACAGCUGAGGGACGUGGACUUUAACUGUAGUUGUUGUAUUAUAUUUCAGAUCACUGUGGCUAACAAGAGUCUCGACAUGGCGAUACAGCUGAGGGACGUGGACUUUAACUGUAGUUGUUGUAUUAUAUUUCAGAUCACUGUGGCUAACAAGAGUCUCGACAUGGCAGUACAGCUGAGGGACGUGGACUUUAACUGUAGUUGUUGUAUUAUAUUUCAGAUCACUGUGGCUAACAAGAGUCUCGACAUGGCGGUACAGCUGAGGGACGUGGACUUUAACUGUAGUUGUUGUAUUAUAUUUCAGAUCACUGUGGCUAACAAGAGUCUCGACAUGGCGAUACAGCUGAGGGACGUGGACUUUAACUGUAGUUGUUGUAUUAUAUUUCAGAUCACUGUGGCUAACAAGAGUCUCGACAUGGCGGUACAGCUGAGGGACGUGGACUUUAACUGUAGUUGUUGUAUUAUAUUUCAGAUCACUGUGGCUAACAAGAGUCUCGACAUGGCAGUACAGCUGAGGGACGUGGACUUUAACUGUAGUUGUUGUAUUAUAUUUCAGAUCACUGUGGCUAACAAGAGUCUCGACAUGGCGGUACAGCUGAGGGACGUGGACUUUAACUGUAGUUGUUGUAUUAUAUUUCAGAUCAUUGUGGCUAACAAGAGUCUCGACAUGGCGGUACAGCUGAGGGACGUGGACUUUAACUGUACUUGUUGUAUUAUAUUUCAGAUCACUGUGGCUAACAAGAGUCUCGACAUGGCGAUACAGCUGAGGGACAUGGACCUGUCUAUAGAAGACCUCAAGUCGACAGCCAUGGGCAUCCUUAGCGCCAUAUCCAGCGUGUCAGCCGCUUCAGCUUUCAACCUGAAGAGCGCUCUGAGAAGCGAGUACAAGAUGGACCAACUGUCUCCCGAGUUCUUCAACUUCGAUACGAACCUGGAGAGCAAACAGCAAGAUUAUAAAACAUCUAACAAAGGUGAAGCUGAAUUUCUACACACGAUGAACGUGCAUGAAAAACUACAAAUAGAAACGGCUAAGCAGAUUGCCCAGCAGCAGGAGAAGGUGAGAAAGGUCAUUGAGGAGGUGUGGGCUCAGAAAUCACUUCCGGGUGAGACGGACAUCCUCCGGUCACCGUCGUUCACGAUGUCGCUGAGUAACAUCGCUGUCGACGACAUCCCCGGAAUGACGUUCCAGGCAGACGCCGAACCCACCACGACACCGGAUCCUGACGUCGUGACGCCCAUGGUGAAAUUUACAGGUUCAAGCACGACAGACAUGUUCACCAAGAACCAAGUUGAGCCAGGAGACCACGUAUCCAUAUCGGUAAUAGCGACGAAAAACGACGCCGGGAGGUUUGCUCCGAACAGCGACAAACUGGGCGACACGAGCAACUUCCUGUCGGUGUCUGUGACGAACACGCUGACGGGGUUCCCAGUAGAGGUGGACGACACGCGAGACGACUUCAUCAUCAUGAUCCCGCGCGAGGACAACAAGCAGAACCUGUUCUUCAAGCAGGUGGAGCCCGUGCUGGCGCCCAUGUCCGACCUGUUCCUGCACAAGGCGAGGAUCACCAACAAGGAGGCGUCCUUCCACAUGGAGUUCGACAUCGCAGACCCUGGGGCGCAGCUCCUCGUCAUCGUCAACUUCGGCAAGAAGCCCAACAUCGAAACCAACGAGUGCGACUUCGUCGGCCUCAUUCCAAAGUCCAUGAAGAACCGUGAUACGAGCGAUCGUCAGCAGAUGAUGUUUUUCCUCAACAAUCACAAAGUGGGUGACUUCAUCGGCGACGUGUACGUGGGCGUGCGGCAGCUGGAGAAAGAACACCACGACGCCAAGUACCACGACUGCUCGGCGCUGCCGCCUUUCAACAAGUCAGAUGCACUCUCUGCAUUCAGGACAAACUACUCCUCCAGGAUAUUCACGUCCGGCUGUUUCUUCUUUGACGUGCCGACCCAGAGGUGGGAAACCAACGGUCUCACUGUUGGACCGAACACCAACGUGAAGGUGACAGAGUGUCUGUCCAACCACCUGACCUCGUUCGUCGGUGGCUGGUUCGUCUCGCCUAACACAAUCGACUGGGACUUUGUGUUCUCUCACGCCGACUUCUACACCAACCCCACUGUGUAUGUGACCGAGGUCGUCAUCGCCUUCAUAUACAUCCUCGCCGUCGUGCUCGCCAGGCGCAAGGACAAGAAAGAUGUUGAGAAGCUGGGUCUCACGCCACUGAAAGACAAUCACCCAGCCGACAAGUAUUAUUACGAAGUCAUUGUUUUUACUGGCAUGCGCAGAAAUGCAGGCACGGAUUCCAAAGUGUUUGUGAUCUUUUCCGGUGAAAACGACGAGACAGAUGCCCGGAUGUUGGCAGAUGACAAAAGAAAGGUAUUCCGUCGGGGUGGAGUGGACGGCUUUCUGAUGGCUGUGCGACAGCCGCUGGGACCACUGAAUUAUGCUCGGAUUUGGCACGACAACUCCGGGAAGGGGAAGUUUGGCUCGUGGUUUCUAAAGUACAUCAUUGUCCGAGAUAUUCAGACUGACCAGAAGUUCAUCCUCAUUGCUAAUCGCUGGUUUGCCGUUGAGGAGGACGAUGGGCAGGUGGACCGGGUUGUUCCAGUGGCUGGUAAGGAGCAGAUGUCGGAGUUCAGCCACCUGUUCACGGAACGCAGCAGGAAGAGUCUGGUGGACGGACACAUCUGGUUCUCCGUGAUGGCGCGCCCGCCCCAGAGCCGCUUCACGUGCGUGCAGCGCGUGUCGUGCUGUCUGUGUCUGCUAUUCACCACCAUGGUGGCCAACGCCAUGUUCUACGGGAUACCCCAAAACGACGACAGCCAGAAGCCGUUCAUCGUGGGACCGUUCGCUCUGACACCCACACAGAUUUUCAUUGGAGUUAUAUCGAACCUGGUUGUGUUCCCAAUCAACUUUCUCAUCGUUACUCUGUUCCGGAAGUCGAGGGCCCGCACCAAGCGGCCCUCCAGAAUUGAGGCAGCUCUGAAGGCGGCGCCGACUGCUUCCGUCGAUGACGUCAAACCGGAACUCGGUGCUAUCUGGCACACAAGCAAACCGUUCAUCAACACUAAGACUGAUGGAGCUAUUUCUCGACCUGCUUCAGCUUGCUCGGAGAAAAGUGUUCAGUCAGUGGAUGGACAGACUGAGAGACGAACAACGGAACCGAAACAAAAUGCGAACAAGAAGAAGAAGUUCGAGCUGCCGUGGUGGUUUCGCAUAGUGGCGUGGAUGGUGCUGUGGUUGACGACGUUCACGGCGGCGGCGUUCGUGACGUUCUACGCCAUUCAGUUUGGAGACCAGAAGACCAAGAAGUGGAUCACGUCUCUCCUGAUAUCGUUCUUGACGUCUGUGUUUGUUACUCAGCCCGUUAAGGUGUUUCUGACGGCCAUAUUCCUGUCCCUGAUCUUCAAGAGUCCAGGGGAGGAUCAGGGGGAGGAACCAGAGGACGAAGAGGAACCCAAUUUAAUGGAUGACCGGAAGUUGGCUAUGGAUGAAGAAUAUCUGCAUCAAAAUUCAAAUUAUGGUCCUGCAAGACCUCGUAAAAUCGGCUACCAGCCCCCAGAAAGGGCGGAACUGGAGAGAGCCAGGGAGGAGAGGAUGAAGGAGAUAAAGAUGUGGGAUAUCAUUCGCGAGAUCACCUUGUACUCGUUCUUCUUGUGGAUCCUGAUGGUGAUCAGCUACAGACAGAGGUCGUCCAACAGCUUCUUCUACAAGGACAGUAUCGAGAAACUCUUCAUCAACAACAAGGACAUGAAGAUGUCUUUCAUGAAGAUCCGAAACACGGAAGAGUUCUGGAAGUGGAGUCGGACAGACCUUGUGAACGGACUGCGAGCUAGCAACUACUACAACAACUAUCCACCAUUAAUGCUUCGAGGAUAUGUAGGAGACAAAGUGUCGAGGAUCAUGGGAUACGCCACUCUUAGACAGCUAAGAGUAAAGCCAGGAAAAUGUCAACCAGACAACCUGAUGAAAGACGUCAUCUCCAGCUGCACUACGUCAUACACGAUCUUUAGCGAGGACACGGCCGACUACAACGUUAGGUGGUUAUCUCUGCACAACACAACGAACCAGAAUCGGCCGGAAUACACGUACAGCAAAGCAUCCAAGCUAAACGGCUACCCGUACAUAGGCAAACUGACGGUGUAUGGGGGAGGGGGCUACGUGACGGAGUUGAGGGAGAGCAGGUGGGUGUUGAGGAGGAUGAUGUCGAGACUACAGCAGGAGCAGUGGGUAGACAAACACACCCGGGGGUUGUUCGUGGAGCUGACCGUGUACAACCCGCAGGUCAACCUGUUCGCCAUUGUGACAAUCAUAGCAGAGUUCUCGGACACUGGCGGAGUCGUGCCCUCGUACAGGAUUGAACCGGCCAUGCUGCUGCCUUACAUGUCGUCUGCACUUCUGUUCCAGGUCCUCUGCGAGAUAGUGUACUUCGUCUUCACCGUUAUGUUUAUCUUCAAAGAGAUGAAGAAACUCAUACAGCUCAAGUUUCAGUACUUCAAAUACGUCUGGAAUCUCGUUGAGCUAUCCAUCAUAGCGAUGUCCAUAGCGGCCAUAGUCGUCUACUUUUACAAGUUCAUCGUCACCAACCAGCUGACCUCGCAGUUCAAGCAGAACAAAGGCAACAAGUACAUGAAGUUCCAGUACGUUGGGUACUGGAAUGAGGUCUUCUCGUACAUCAUUGGCUGGUUGGUCUUCUUCGGCAGUCUCAAGUUCCUUAAGCUUCUGCGAUUCAACAAGAGGAUGUCCCUGCUGGCGGCGACUCUGCGGAAAGGCGCCAAGAGACUGGUCCACUUCAGCCUCAUCUUCUGGAUCGUCUUCCUGGCCUUCAUUCAGCUGUUCUACCUGACCUUCAUGUCCACGGCUCUGUCCUUCUCCAGCUUUGUCGGCUCCGUGGAGACCGGAGUCCUGAUGAUCAUGGGUCAGAUUGACAUCUUCAGCAUGACGAUGGUUCUGCCCAUCAUGUCCCACAUCUACGUGUUCCUCUUCGUCUUCACCAUCACCUUCAUCGUCGUCAACAUGUUCCUGUCCAUCCUCAACGAGACGUUCGCCGACGUCCGAGCCGAUCUGACGAAGAUGUCCAACGACUACGAGAUCCUCUCGUUCAUGCUGAACAGGUUCAAGAUGUGGACGGGACUCUGGGACGCUCCAGAAGCGAAGAAGAUUCGCAUAAGACGCCGCAAGUCGAGGGCAUACUGCAGCAAGACGGCGCUCGCCAUUGAAGAGUUCCCUGACCGCAUCGAUCGUCUGCUCAACUCGAUCUCCAACGUGUACAUGGAGGAUGGGGCCGAGGUGGGGAAGAGCGCGGCCAUGACCAACCAGAAGAUGAAACUGGCCAAGCUGAUGAAAUCCGACGAGGAACCGCUAUUUCUGGAUGACAUAUCGGAGGGAAGCAAGAAAGAUUAA